AUGCUUGGAACAGAAAAAGAGAAGAUGGGCUCUAUUUCCAGUAUGCAAAAUAUUCAGUCAAUUUUGGCAAUGAUACAGGAAUCGAUGAAUAAGACCCAGGAAACAAUUGCUAAUAACCAUGAGGAGACAAAAAGAAAACACGAUGAUCUGAAAUCCGAUGUGGGAGAGAUAAAUGAUAACAUAAAGAAAAUGGAUGACAAGAUAGAAAAGAUCCAGCAAAACAUUGCCAAAAACGAACAAAGGAUUCAAAAGACAGAAAUCAAAAUGGAACAGACAGUUAAGAAAGUAGAAAUGCUGGAACAACAACAAAUAGCAAGUAAUCGAGAACUCGAAGACUCACUCACCUACCUGGUAGCCACCUCUGAAGCCUCAAAAAUCACAGGGCAAAAGGAUGAGCUUUCACAGGGUUUUGUGGGGGCUGUGGAAGAGCUUUCUCUGAGGCUGCCUCAAGAACGAAGGCCUCAGGCAACCCAGAGCAGCCUCAGGAGAUGCCUCAUCAAAUGCCUCACUUUUCCUAAGCAAACUAACUCAGGAGAUGUUCUUUCCUUCUUCUGCAGCUACACCCUCAUCACCCCUGGUGUUCUGCGAACAGACACAGAAGAGCAAAUUUUGGUGGAGGCCCAUGGAGACAAUACUCCAAAACAGCUUGACAUCUGGGUUCUUGAUUUUCCAGGGAAGCAGAGAGCCUUGUUCCAAACCAGAGUAGAUAUGAUUGUGAAUCCAACGGGAGGCAUGCUUGUCACUCCAACUAUAAAGAUUCCUGCAAGAGAACUGAGUAAGGACUCCAGGCAAAAUAAGUAUGUGGUUGUGCAAGUAACUGGUCCUCAAGUGAGUUUGGAAAAGGUGGUUCUCCUUUCUUACCAGAGUGGCUUUGUGUUCAUCCAGACAGAUAAAGGCAUCUAUACACCAGGCUCUCCAGUGCGCUAUCGUGUCUUUUCUGUGGAUCACAACAUGCACAGGAUGGACAAAACUGUGAUUGUUGAGUUUCAGACUCCACAAGGCAUUGUUGUCAGUUCUAAUCCAGUUGACCCAAACUUGAUCCGGCCUUACAAUUUACCAGAGCUUGCCAGUUUUGGAACAUGGAAGGCUGUGGCCAAAUAUGAGCAUUCCACAGAGGGGAGCUAUACCGCAUAUUUUGAUGUCAGGGAAUAUGUGUUGCCAAGCUUUGAAGUCCGUCUGCAACCAUCAGAGAAGUUUCUUUACAUUGAUGGCAAUACAAAUUUCCAAGUGUCUAUCACUGCAAGGUACUUGUAUGGAAAGAAAGUGGAAGGUGUGGCCUUUGUCCUCUUUGGAGUGAAAAUAGAUGGAUAUAAAAAGAGUAUUCCAGAGUCACUCACGAGAAUUCCGAUUAUUGAUGGAGAUGGGGAUGCAACAUUAGAAAGACAUAAACUACGUUCCCGAUUUCAAAAUCUCAAUGAUCUUGUUGGGCAUACUCUGUAUGCAUCUGUAACAGUGAUAACAGAAUCAGGUGAGCAGGGGUGGGAGAAGAGAAGGGUAAAUUGUUUCUUUGAAUACAAACAUAUUACACUUUUAGUCGGGACGCAUGGGGUGGCGGUGGUCGUCUCGGCUUUCCCUCCGUUGCCCUUCCUGGCCGAAAAGUGCCCCUUCUCGCCUCUGACGGGCCUUCCUUGUGGUUGCAGCCAGAGCAAUCCACUCUGCCAGCUCAGGGCAGCGGACUCAGCUGUAGCCCAGACGAGCCAAGGAACUGCGGGGAGCUUCCUGCGUGUUGCACCCCCCCCAGCCUUCCCCCCGUGCCUCCGCACCAUUUUCGGGCACCCAGCUUACCGGGCUGCUCCCAUCCCUGUCUCGGCUCCAAUGGCGGCGGCUUCAGGAGAUGCUGGCAGCACGGAGGUGCAGCGCUUAGAGGAAAGCACAGUUCAUGGCUGCUACCGGGCUGCCCCAGUCCCUAUCGUGGCUCCAACAGCGGCGGCUUUGGGAGAUGCUGGUGGCACGGAGAGAGCUCGGGCUACGCCUCCCUCCAACCCAGCUGCCUUCCUUGCUGUGUCGCUCCUGAGCGAACUCUUCUGUCCUUGGCUGUUGCGAAGAAGCAGCAGCUCUGGGCUUGAUGUUCCUCUCCUCUCCUCCAACGCCAACAACUCUCCAGCUCUCCAGCACCACCGCCCUCGACCUGGUUGCCACGCAGCAGCCGCCAUUACCACAGCGUCGUCCUUGGUGCUGGCCACACCCGAGCUCCCAGCAUUCCCCAGCGCCCCUGGAACAUCCAAAAGAAACCCCCAGGGGCAUCCAGGGUCAGGAGGGAGCUCGCUGGGCAUCACCGCCGCCGCCGCCACCACCACCGCUCUAGCAGCCGCCGCCUCGGUCAAACAGGGAGAAAAACGGCGGAGCCAAUGCAGCCGGGCUGUCAGCGUUCAGCCUCGGCGUUCUUAUACCCGUGCCGUCUUCCGCUCACUUCUCCCCAGCCACGAGAAAUACAGAGAUACCUACUAUUUUGCUAUUUUUGAAAAUAACUAUCAAGUUAAUUGUGAUUUAUUUAAUAAACUAUUGUUAAAAAACUGUACGUUAUACCAACUUGCUUUCUGUUUUCCAGGUGAUUUUGAAGAUGAUUUCUUUGGAGAUGACAACAUCAUCUCAAGAUCUGAUUUUCCUGAGAGUUGGUUGUGGCUAACGGAGGUGCUGCCCGAGCAGCCUAACAGUCAAGGGAUUUCAAGCAAGACACUGUCUUUUUAUCUGAGGGAUUCCAUCACAACUUGGGAGGUACUGGCUGUGAGCAUUUCACCCACCAAAGGGAUCUGUGUGGCUGAACCUUAUGAAAUAACAGCCAUGAAAGACUUCUUCAUUGAUCUUCGAGUACCGUAUUCAGUAGUGAAGAAUGAGCAGGUGGAGAUUCGAGCUGUUCUGUACAACUAUGCUGAUGAGGAUAUUGAAGUGUUAGUGGAACUGUUACACAACCCAGCCUUCUGCAGUGCUUCCACAGAAAGACAAAGAUACCGACAGCAGCUCCCGAUUAAAGCCCUGUCCUCCAGGGCAGUACCAUUUGUGAUAGUCCCAUUACAGCAAGGAUUGCAUGAUAUUGAGGUCAAAGCAAGUGUCCGGGGACAGGAGCUGCAUGAUGGUGUGAGGAAGAAACUGAAAGUUGUACCUGAAGGGAUACGGAAAGAUAUUGUGACUAUCAUUGAACUGGACCCACGUGCAAAAGGACUCGGUGGAACACAGGAACAAUUGGUCAAAGCCAAUAAAUUAAAUGAUAAGGUGCCUGACACAGAAAUAGAAAUCAGGAUUAGUGUUCAAGGUGACCUUGUGGCUCAGACUGUUGAAAGCUCAAUUGAUGGAAGUAAACUCAGCCAUCUCAUUAUCACUCCUUCUGGCUGUGGGGAGCAAAAUAUGAUCCGCAUGACUGCACCAGUUAUUGCUACCUACUACCUGGACACAACAGAGCAGUGGGAGGCACUCGGCAUAAAUCGCAGGCCUGAAGCUGUCAAACAAAUCAUGACUGGUUACGCCCAGCAGAUGGUGUACAAGAAAGCAGACCAUUCCUAUGCAGCAUUUACAGAUCGUGCAUCUAGUACUUGGCUAACAGCAUAUGUUGUAAAAGUCUUUGCCCUGGCUGCCAAAAUUGUAAAAGACAUUAGCCAUGAAAUCAUUUGUGGAGGUGUGAGGUGGUUGAUUCUGAACAGGCAACAACCAGACGGAGUGUUCAAAGAAAAUGCCCCUGUACUUUCUGGGACAAUGCAGGGAGGACUUAAAGGUGCUGAACCAGAUGUAUGUUUAACAGCAUUCGUUCUGGUUGCGUUGUUGGAAUCCAGAUCAAUCUGCAAUGAAUAUAUCAAUAGUCUAGACAGCAGCAUCAACAAGAGUGCAAAUUAUUUACUCAAAAGGUAUGAGAAACUGCAAAAACCUUACACUACGGCCCUCACAGCCUAUGCUUUGGCUGCUGCAGACAGUCUGGAUGACAGCAGGGUACUCAUGGCGGCAUCGACAGGAAGGAAUCGUUGGGAAGAACAUAAUGCUCACACCCAUAACAUUGAAGGCACUUCCUAUGCCUUGUUGGCCCUGCUGAAAAUGAAGAAAUUUGAUGAGGCCGGUCCUGUAGUCAAAUGGCUGAUAGAGCAGAAAUAUUAUGGGGGAACCUAUGGACAAACCCAAGCAACAGUUGUGGGGUUUCAAGCUCUUGCUGAAUAUGAGAUUCAGAUGUCUACCCAUAAGAACUUAAAUUUAGAUAUUGUUAUUAGGCUGCCAGAACGAAAAAUACCUAUAAACUACAGACUUGAUGCUACCAAUGCUGCUCGAGCCCAGACAACAGAGGUACAGUAG